CACUUCCUGGUUGACACAAAACCUCAUGUGUGUAUCUGCUGUUUAAAAUGUCUUUGUUUUGGUGCAGCUAUACGUUAUUAUACGACAUUAGCAUUAUUUGGUUUAUACUCUUUUAGUUACAAUGCAUUAAGUGGAUUUAUUUCUUGUCCAUGAAGACUUCCAACAUUUUGACUGCGUUAUUUUGAAUAAUAUACACCAUGACCAGAGUAAGUAGUUAUUUGAAUUGGACAACAACCCCUCCAGGCUAUGUGGAGAAAGCCUCGCGGUAUGUGAAGUCCUCCAUGCGCCAGGGCAGAGAUGAUGAAGUACCUGAGGGACCUGCUGGAGCAGAUCGUGACUCUGGAGACAGCCUGUUCAUAACUCAGAAGCCAGUACCUGAGGCCGUGAGGACAGGAAUACGUACUCGCUACAGCCAGUGGGCAAAACCCUUAUCUCCCAGAGACUUUGAAGAAAGCGAUGAAAACAAAGAAUCGUCAGAUUCCGACGAUGGAGAAUCCCAAUCUGGCAAGGUGCAGAGAAGAAAGAAAAACGUGUUGCCAAAAUUCAGUUUCCCUUUCCUCGAAGAGAAGAAGCCUGAGCUGUUACCUGUACACAACAAACGCCUUCAUAGUUAUCUGGUGGGAGGCUUCUUUGAAUGUGUCAGACUUCUGAGGCAGGGCUGUCAAACAAAAAAGGAUGUGGAGUCAUCUUUACCAACUGUUGACAUGGAUGGGGAGCACAUAUCUCCAUUGUCAGACAUUGCGAGCUUGGAAGAGGCAAGGAGAGUGGCUAUUUUCGGAGGAACGCACGGGAAUGAGAUGUCAGGCGUGACGCUGGUGAACCUGUGGGUGAAAAACGGCGCCGAGAUCCAGAGGAAAGGGGUCGAAACCAAACCGUUCAUCACCAACCCGAAGGCUGUGGAGAAGUGCGCCAGAUAUGUGGACACGGACCUAAACCGAGCCUUCACCCCGGAAAACCUCAGUGCCCCUCGAGGAGACAACCAGCCCUACGAGGUGCAGAGAGCCCAGGAGAUCAACAGGAUAUUCGGACCCAAAGGAAGCCCAGAUGCCUACGAUGUUAUCUUCGACCUCCACAACACGACGUCCAACAUGGGCUGCACCCUGAUCCUGGAGAGCUCCAAAGACCACUUCAAUCUGCAGAUGAUGAACUACAUCAAGAAAGCCAUCGCUCCAAGUAGUUGUCUUGUUCUGCUGAAUGAACAUCCUCUUUUGAAAUAUUCCACUUCCCGCUCUAUUGCCAAGCACCCUGUUGGUCUGGAAGUGGGUCCCCAGCCUCAAGGUGUUUUGAGGAGCAACAUAUUUGAAGCUAUGAGGGUGAUACUGAAACAUGCGCUAGACUUCAUUGAACUGUUUAAUGAAGGCAUGGAGUUCCCUUCCUGUACAGUAAAAGUUUUCCGGGUCUUAGAGAGGAUCGACUACCCCAGAGAUGCCAACGGAAACAUCAUAGCUAUGGUGCAUCCCAAUCUGCAGGACUGUGACUGGGAGCCGCUGAACCCCGGUGACCCUAUGUUCCAAACGUUUGAUGGAAAGACCAUCCGGUUCCAAGGCUCAGGAACGGUCUACCCCACUUUUAUUAAUGAGGCGGCCUAUUAUGAAAAACAACAGGCAUUUGUUACCACCAGACGAGAAAGCUUGGUGGCCAGUUCCAUCAGAAAAGUAUGAAAACUGUUUGUAAAGGCUUCAAUGAUUCUUUGUUAGCCACAAUAACAAAUCUGUGUAUAGACUUUUCUCACCUAAUAAUGACGAGAUACCAUCUUUUACACACUGAUUUCUUUUUUCUAUGCAUUUACUAUCUCCUAACUAUGCAAAGAACCUUUUUUAGAGGCUUUGCAAAAAGUCACUGUGAAAGUCUUUGAUUUAAAGGCUGGUAUAUUGCUGUGGUAAGUAUUUAUGAUACUGAUGUUAUUUAAAAAAUAUAUUUACAUUAAAUCAACUAAGUUUUUAUAACAUUAAACGCCAAGCCUAAUUAUUGAUGGCUUAUAAAUCACCAUACAUCACUCUUUAAGUUUCUUACAACUGCUCAGGACAGCCAUUUUGGAUCAUAACCUGCAACCUUUGACCCAAAACUGUAGUUGUUUGUCCUCUUAUAUAUAUUUGUAACAUCUUUUGAAGGGUGUGUUUGUGGCCUUUGAUACAUACCUGUAACUCCAGGGGUUGCAUCUGUGGUGCUGUCCUAGUCUUGCCUUAAUAGAGAUUUAAGAAAAAAAACUUGCACAACAAAAAUUUGAAGUGAAAUUUGUAGAAAAUAUAUGUGUUGGAUAACAUAUUUUGAUAAGAAAGUGUCCUGUUCCUCUAAACAAAUGGGAUGCAGUUUGAAACAUGUUUUAUAAUCAUAUAUUUGUGUCUAUUUUGAUAUACUUGUACUGUACGUUUUAAGUGACGUUUAGGAUUCUCGGAGGGCAUAUGUACUUUUAAUAUUUUUUUACGUCUUUGUUGUGUCAAAGUGUAUCGCUGUGGUGUUACGCUCAUUCAUUUUCCAAUUAGCAAUAUUUUUGGUAGCACUAUUUAUGUGAUGAGUAACGUUUACUGUCUUAAAGUCCUGUGGAAAUUAUCCGAUCAAUAAAUGUAGUACUAUGCUAAA